ACAAACUUCAGAGUUAUUCUGCUGUCAAGUUCUGUCGCGAGCUUUCUCGUAUUUACAGAUAUCAAAAGCGGACAGCGAUUCUCCCUUAAACUACUGCGGAAUGUCAUAUAUUUAACGUAAAUCUGUGUGCAAAGUUUUGUAAAUACACUUAUUGAACUUAAUCGAGCGUAUCUACUUUUUGUUUGCUCUAUAGGGCGGUUUUAAUGUGCGACGAGCUUGAUUUCGAUAAAGAUCUAGUAAAUAUGUGAGUGAAGGCGUGUGUGUCAGCUAACGUUACUUUCGCUUGUGAAGUCAGUUUAAUUCACCAUUUGACCUCAGUUAGUUGCUGGAGUGGCUGUCACACUGUCUAAAAUGGAUUAAAUCAUGCUCAUGGAGGAACAGAGCAGCUCUGGAGAAGAUGAGGGCUCUAGAGAGAAAGGUGUGCUCUACAGAUGGCAGGGCUAUUUCUGCAGUGUAACCCCAGAGAGACUGCUUCUGUCCAGGCCUGUGCUUCAUGCUGCACUGGGGACUUUACAUGGACUUCUGCUGACAGAAGAUGGGCAUGUGUAUAGUAUAGGCGAGCAGCCAUGGAAACGAGUCAGUUCUCAGCCUACCGGCCCUGUUUUAGAGAGCGCACUGAAGGAACAGCAUGUGAUCUCUGUGUCGGCGGGCAGCUUUCACUCUUCUGCUGUAACAGAGGAUGGCCUCGUCCACAUGUGGGGUGAGAACUCCCACGGCCAGUGUGGCAUCUCUGGAAUAGACCAAGUACCCAAUCCCACUCCCGUUAGUGUGGUGGAUGGUGAGACCCAUCCUCCGCAACUGGUCCAAGUCCUAAAUGUAGCCUGCGGAGCGCAGCACACUUUGGCCCUGUCAAGAAAGCAUGAGGUGUGGGCCUGGGGUAGUGGCUGCCAGCUGGGACUGGUUACCAACAUAUUCCCGGUAUGGACACCCCAGAAGGUGGAGCAUUUAGUGGGAAGAUAUGUGGUUCAGAUCGCUUGUGGUGGGUUUCACAGCCUGGCUCUGGCUCAGUUUCUUCCUUCACAAGAGGCCAGUCAGCAAGCUCAGGAUAGAUGUGGGCAGUGUAAGAAGAACCUUUACACCAUGACUGAAAAGGAUGACCAUGUUAUUAUUUCGGAUGAGCAUUACUGUCCACUUGGAGUGGAACUGGCUGAUUCUAAACAAGGUCGGAGGUCAGGACAAAGCUCUCCAGCUCAGACACCACAAACCAAAAACUCCUCGCCCAACUCCCAAGUAUCCCCAUUGACCUUGAAGAACACGUGUGCAGGUCAGGGAUCCUCAUUCGAAUCUCAGCAAAGUACUACAAGCCAGGAGACUCAACUAGACCUUGCUGUAUCUGAGGCUGGGAAUGUACGUCUACGACGAACCAAAAGCACUCCUUACCCUGAUGAGCAGGCUCUGAAAGACUACCUCAAAAGGAUUUCGGACCAGACCCUCGCUGAGCAGGCUGACGCUACCUCUGUGGGAGGUUCCCAUCCUCCGAGCCGCCAGUCAUCUCUCACGUGUCCUUUCCGAUCAAACCAAAGUGAUGAGCUUACACUACGUCCCUCUUCACCAACACUGAGCAGACCUGAUGGGAUCACACCUUCUGCCAGACAACGCAGUGCAUCAGAUAGUGUCACAGACCGGAAGCACUCUCUCCAUUUUUUACCAACACUGGAUUCCACUUCUGAUGAUUCUUCACAGCACUCAAGUGUGGAUGGAGGCAUUUGCCUCAGUGAGCUUUUAAUCAGCAAUGGAUGUUUAUUUGAGUCCUGUGAGGAGGGCGUAGAGACUGCUGGAAUGGACUUCUGUCCAGCCAAUUCUCUGCAAAGUAAGAAGAGCACCAGUCUGACGGACAUCACAUUAGUGGAUGCUGAAGCACAUGCUCGCAGAGGGUCUUUUCCUGGCUUCUCUCCAGUGUCGCCUUCUGACAGUCAUCGAACCAACAGUUUGAGAGGUGCUGUGACAACUUCUUCUACCUCAGAAUCCAGAAAUCUCCUUCCUUCCCUCUACACUGAGGUGUGGAGUUGGGGGAGGGGCCAGGAAGGUCAGCUAGGUCAUGGAGACUAUUUACCCAGGUUACAGCCUCUCUGCAUUAAGAGUUUAAGUAAAAAGGAAGUUGUCAAGAUCACUGCUGGAGCAAAUCACUCUUUGGCACUGACAGCUCAGUGUCAGGUUUAUUCCUGGGGAAGUGACAAAUUUGGCCAGCUGGGUCAUAUGAAUGCUCCCUGCACAGUUCCUAAUCUCAUCAUGGUCUCUGACGGUAUCCGUGUGUGGGACGUGGCAGCAGGGCAAACGCACACUUUGCUGCUGGCUGAUGGAGACUGUUAUCAGCCCAUUCUCUAUUACAGCGGAGAGCAGGUGCUGGAGAACACUGACAGUGCUCAUCCCCUCUCCGGGACCUACACCCAGACGCCCACCCUUCUGCCCUUCUGCAUGAAUAUUGGCUAUGUGAGCCAAGUGUUUGGAGGAGGAUUGAAUUGUUUGGCCUUGGCUGAUCAGAACGCAAUGGGUUUCAUAGCGACAGUCCACGAGCUCGCUUCGGCAGAGAGGAAAUUCUACUGCAUCCUCAGCAAGGUGAAGAGCCAAAUCCUAAGCCCCCUGCUAGCUCGUGCGAGUUUGGCAUUGUCUCUGGGACAGUCCUCCAUGUUGCUGUUUCAAGAGAUGGCUGGUAGUUUCAGCAAGCUUUGCCAUCUGACAGGACAGCACUCAGCAUCCCUCACUAACUUCCUGCAGCGAGGCAAAGUGAUCAAAACACUGGUCUUAAUCAAGAACACAGCCAUUUUCAUUGACACCUAUAAAGAGUACAGCGAUCCAGUGGGAAACUUUCUUGUUAUGGGAGGAUUCCAGUCAUUGCUGAAACCCUCACAAGAAUUAUUUGGAAAGAAACUGGAGUUGAUACAGUCUCUGCUAGAGUCCAAGGAGAAGAACCCAUCACCCUGUGAUCUGUUAGUCAGCUUGUUUUAUAUGCCCUUGCAGCACCUGCAUGGGUAUAACAGAUUACUUCUGAAACUAGCCAACUGCUUCGAAGUGAACACUGAGGAAUACCAGUGGAUUCAAAAUGGCUGCUCCAAAUAUGAAGCUUUAGCUCGCCUUGUCAGCAAGCAGAGAAAAGAUGCUGAGGCCACUUUCAAUUUCUGGAAGAACUUCAAAGGAAAGAAUUCGGAAUCCCUGCGUAAGCCAUCUCGUCGUCUGGUUUGUGAGAGCAGUAAUAAAGCUCUGACGUUACAGAACGCUGGAAGAUUCUCUGCCAGCUGGUUCAUCCUCUUCAGUGAUGUCCUAGUUCAUGCACAGGGCACUAUUCCAUCAAAGAAGCUUUUCUCAUCUCACUAUGUCUACCCACUUGCUACACUCUGGGUGGAGCCUAUCUCAGAUGAAAGUUUGGGCCUACUUGCCCUUAAGCUGACCACACCUGAAGAUAGCUUUGUUGUUCUGGCAUCUUCUCCUCUGGAAAAGGGAAAGUGGCUGAGAGCCAUUAACCAGGCCAUUGAUGACGUGCUUGCUGCAGGCCUUAACAGGAGGACACGUGGGUCUAGAAGUAGCCAGAAUGGAGAUCCUCCUGUGUCACGUACUUCCACCUACACUUUCAGCAAAGAGGGCCGACUUAAGGAUGCUUUGUAUGAGGGCCGCUGGCUAUCAGGCAAACCUCACGGCAAGGGGAUUCUGAAGUGGCCAGAUGGGACAGUAUACUGUGGGACAUUCAAGAACGGGUUGGAGGAUGGAUUUGGAGAUUAUAUGAUGCCCAACACAACCCUCAACAAGUUUGAGCGUUACCAAGGUCACUGGAAGGAGGGGAAAAUGCAUGGCUUUGGCACAUACUGGCAUGCUUCAGGUGAGGUAUACGAGGGCUCGUUCAGGGAGAACAUGCGUCAUGGUCACGGCAUGUUACGGAGUGGGAAGUUGGCCUCUCCCUCCUCCAGUAGUGUGUUUGUGGGUCAGUGGGUUCAAGGGAAGAGAACAGGCUAUGGGGUGUGCGAUGACUUCAGCAGUGGAGAGAAAUACAUGGGAAUAUGGCUUGAUGACCAGCGACAUGGAGACGGGGUCGUUAUCACUCAGUUUGGAUUGUAUUAUGAAGGAAACUUCUCUAAUAACAAGAUGAUGGGCAAUGGGACUCUUCUCUGUGAUGAUGACACAGUCUUUGAGGGCGAGUUUUCAGAAGACUGGACUCUGUGUGGAAAGGGUGUUCUUUUCAUGCCUAAUGGUGACUCUUUGGAUGGGGUCUUUGAUGGUCACUGGGGAACCGGUCUGAGAGUGGCUGGAACUUUUACAAAACCCUUUGAAACUUUGAGGAGAGAAGUCAAGAUGCCUGUGGCUGGUCAACACGCAGUGCCUGCAGAAGAAAAGUGGAAAGCCGUGUUUGAGGAGUGCUGGGGCCGACUUGGCUGUGAAACUCCUGAGCAGGGAGUGUAUGAGAAAGCCUGGGAGAACAUUGCCAUCUCCCUCACUGCCAGACGCAGACAACAGAGAGAUCGUCCAGAGGAGCUGAGCCGAUCUCAGACUAAGAUGCUGGAGAGUCUUGAGGUGAUUCCUCAACAUGUGGGCCCUGUUACUGCAGACUCCUACAACAACAUCCGUCGUUAUCUCAUGAAGGCCUGUGAUACCCCUCUGCACCCACUGGGCUGGCUGCUGGAGACCCUCGUCACUGUGUACAGGAUGACCUAUGUUGGCGUGGGCUCCAAUAGACGCCUCCUACAGCAGGCAGUAGAGGAGAUCCAGUCAUAUCUAACACGCAUAUUCCAAAUAGUCAGGUUUCUGUUUCCUGGCCUCCCCGAGGAUGGAGGUUUUAUUCUAGAUUCCUCCACUUCCUCAGAUGAGGGCACAGACUCUCUUAACAGCAGUAUACACUCAGAAACUCCACAGCAUGGUUGGAUAGUGAGCAGCUCAAGUCUUCUCCUGCCGGUGUUGCUGCCGAGGCUUUACCCUCCUCUCUUCACCCUCUACACACUAGAGAAAGAGAGAGAGGAGGAAGUGUACUGGAACUGUGUGUUAAGACUCAACAAACAACCUGAUCUCGCCCUCCUAGCCUUCCUUGGAGUACAACAAAAAUUCUGGCCAGAUUCUAUCUCUGUUUUGGGAGAGAUAAAGCAGGUCUUGCCUAGUACUAAAGAUGCCUGCUUUGCUACUGCUGUUGAAACCCUGCAGCAGAUCAGCACAGCAUUCACUCCCUCAGACAAGUUACAGGUGAUACAGCUGACCUUUGAGGAGGUCACCCAGGAAGUGCAGGCUCUGCUUGGGCAGGAGUUUCUGUGGUGCAUGGAUGACCUCUUUCCAAUUUUCCUCUAUGUGGUGCUCCGCGCACGGAUCAGAAACCUGGGCUCUGAAGUCAGUCUGAUAGAGGACCUUACAGACUCCAGUCUACAGCUGGGACAGCUUGGGUUCAUGUUGACAACUCUCAAAGCCUGCUACAACCAGAUUCAGCUUGAGAAGACUACAUAGGAUGGGUUGGUGUGUGAGCAGUGCAGCUGCAGCUUUGCCAACUUGCACACGUUCUUAUGGAGCAGGUGCCAUUUAAAUAGACACGGAUUACAGGUCAAAUCAAGAUGUGCUCAUUUAUUUCAGGCCUCAAGAAGAGGCUCACAUUCCACUUAAGCACUCCCUUAAGCACUGUGCUACAGAGAUAACUUUGAUUUUUAUGUUUUGAUACUCUCAAACUGACCAUUUGACUGACAGUAAAGUUGCGCCUUGAAGAAAAACGUACAUUUCAACAUCCAUAUUAACUGGGCAGAAAAGAGACUUACUCUGUUUUAUACAAAAUCGUUAUACAACCAGAAUUAUUCAAGCACUCACCGUGUGUUAAUAUUUUAUACCAGUUCAACUGACACUCAUUACUAUAUGACUAUGUAUUAUUUGGUAUCAGUCUGUUACUGACUUAUCUACUGAUACUCCAACUAAUGAUAAUGCUCUGAUGAAUCAGAUGAAACUAUAUAAUUGUAUCAGAGCAGUACCUAUGUACUAAGGUAUCUCUGGGUUUUGAGUGAGAGCAACUUGAACAACAUUUACACUAUAUAAAACUAAUAAAACUUAAAAAAAAAAAAAAAGUAUUAUAUAAUAUAGCAAUGAACAAACAGCAGCAUUUAUAAUAUUUUGCUAUAGAAAAUGCAUAAACUACUAAUGAAAAGUUUGAGUUCAGUAAGAUUUUUUAGUGUUUUUGACAGAAGUCCCUUCUGCUCACUAAGGUUGCAUUUUUCUGAUCAAAAAUACAGUAAAAACAGUAAUUUUGUCAAAUAUUUUUUAUAAUUUAAAAUAACUAUAUUCUAUUUCAGUAUAUCUUAAAAUGUAAUUUAUUCCUGAUGGCAAAGCUGAAUUUUCAGCAUCAUUACUCCAGUCUUCAGUGUCACAUGAUCCUUCAGAAAUCAUUCUGAUAUGCUGAUUUGCUGCUCAAGAAACAUUUCUUAUUAUUAAUGUUGAAAACAGUUGUGCUGCUUUUUUUCUUCUUUGAUUAAUAGAAAGUGUAAAGAAAACAGCAUUUAUUUAAAGUCAAAAUCUUUUGUAACAUAAAUUUGAUCUUUUUAAUGUUUUCUUGCUGGAUAAAACUAUUAAUUUCUUUAAAAAAAAUCUUACUGACCCCAAACUUUUGAACGGUAGUGUAUAUAAAGUAUCCAUCCGAAGGAACUUCAUUGGUUUUUGGAGAAAAAAAAAAUAGCUUGUUACUGCAAAAACUUUGAAAACAAGAGUUACUGUCACGUUACUGAAAAAUGUAGACAAAUUAAUAGUAUCGCUACUUUUAACUUGUAAACAAUCCUAAAAAAUCUGAUAGAUGCAUCCCUAUUAACAACCAACUUCUGUUUGGGUUACUGGUUUUGUUGUGAUUUUGCACACUGUACAGGGUUGCUGUGUUUUUAAAUACAUUUGAAGUCUUGUGAUGCAGGUAUUAUAAAUUGCAAUGAAAUUGAAUGAAAUUGCAAUGAAAUUGAACAAUGUCAUUGAAGCACCUACAUGUGAAGAUGGCUUGCAAUAUUGAAGAGAAAACUGAAGUCAGAUAAUGUUGUGAUGUAUUUUAACUAUAUAAUCUGUGUAACUCUGAAACAACAUAUAACAAUAUAUUCUAAAAGAAAUGGUUUCCAUUUCAGCAUAUGACAGCACACUGACAUGAAACACUUUAUGAAAUUUGAUUUAGUUGUAAUUAGAUCUACUCUUAUUAAAGUGUACCAGAGUGAAUUUAAGAUAUAUUUAGAGCUUAUACACUGGAGUCUAAAGUAAUUUUUUCAAUCCAUGGCAUUUUUACACUAUGCACUAUGCAAAACUAUGCAAAAAGGGAAUAAUAUUUAAGGCAGUGCCCCUGAAGGACCUCAGAAUGGAGUGAUUUCCACUGGCAAAACUCAAUAAGCUUUACAUUUUCAACUUUUUUCACGGGCAAACAGAUCAAGCACUGUGUGUGUGCGUGCGUGUGUGUGCGCGCGCGCGCUUGUAUACAUGGUUUAUGAGGACACAAAUGUGUAUAAUGACAUGGGUAUUACAACGUAAACAUGGUUUAUGAGGACACUUCCUGUGUUCUUGUAAACCAAAUGGGUUAAAAAACAUACUAAACGGUAGGGCUGUGACGGUAGGCAUGACAACCGCGCCACCGGCGGUAGUGUGACAUCGUGUGUGUAUAUAUAUAUAUAUAUAUAUAUAUAUAUAUAUAUAUAUAUAUAUAUAUAUAUAUGUAUAAUAUAGAGGUCGCGUUAACCGAAAAUUUUCCGUCAUUUCCGAAUUUUUUUAGCAGUGAGGAAAAAAAUCUACAGCCCGUCCGUCAUUUUGACAGAUUAUGUAGCUUGUAACUGUAAUUCCCACCCUGUCCAGUAGGUGGUGAGGCGAGUUCAGUCUCCAGAAUAAAAUGAAAACGCUUGAUUACACACAGACUAGCACCCUAGUUUAAGUCAAUUUUAUAAUAAUAAAGUUACUUAUGCUUACUUACAUAAUUCAUUUUUGUUAUUUUUCUCACUGACUAUAAGUUUAUGGUCAACGAAUGGAUUUUCUGAGGUAUAAUGUUACGUGAUACAGAUUUCGGUAAGCUACUGUAUCUUUCAACAUAUUUUUUUUUUUUUUUUUUCAUUCAUGUUUAUUUCAUUCUGUACAGUAGUAAAGAGGAAAGGAUGAUCGCAUUCACUCACAAUCCGUGACAAGUGUUCAAGAUGAAAACUGAAAAGUGACGCAGUCUUUGAUCAACUUUCUUUUCAUAAUAUAAAUAAAUGCAUAGCCUAUGCCUAUUUUCUUAUCCUGUAAGUUCGUGAAUAAAAAUGAAAAUGUGGACGAAAUCAGAAGCUAUUAAAUGUCUAAUCAUUAAAAUAUAAAAAUUAAAAUGACGGGUAUUGAUUAUGAUGGAUUUUUUUUUACGAUCCUGUCCAUCAAAAUGACGGCGAAACGCAAGUCUAACGCAACCUCUGAUUAUAUAUAUAUAUAUAUAUAUAAACAACCCCUUCUGACUCCACCACCACAACACCGACGGUUGUUGGAGAUUUACCACCGCGGUAGUAAAAAUUUGCCACCGUCACAGCCCUACUAAACGGUGUUUUUUUUUUUUGUUUUUUUUUUUUAAUUCAAAAAAUGCAGACAGUUUUCUGUGAUGGGUAGGUUUAGGGGUAGGGGUAGUGUAGGGGGACAUAAUGUACAGUUUAUACAGUAUAAAAGCCAUUAUGCCUAUGGAAUGUCCUCACUAAGAUAGCAAAACAAACCUGUGUGUGUGUGUUUUGUUUGUUUAUGUGUGUGUGUGUUCGUUCCAGGUGUGUUUUCCUCUAAAUGCAUUUUUUUUGUACAUUUCAACAUGCACUGAAAGAGUUUUGCUGAUAUGUCACACAGCCUUAGUGUGAGAUCUAGUGAUCAACCGAUAUAUGUUUUUAAUGACAGAUUGCAGGAUUUACAGUCAUGUUAAAAAGAAAGUACACCCUUUUGAGUUAUAUGGUUUACGUAUCAUGGCAUAAUAAAAAUCAUCUGGUCUUUAGCAAGUCCUAAAAUUAGGUAAAUACAACCUCAGAUGAACAACAACACAUGACAUAUUACACCACGUCAUUAUUUAUUUAACAAAAAUAAAGGCAAAAUGGAGAAGCCAUGUGUGACAAUCUAAAUACACCCCAUGAUUUAAUUGCAUGGAAAACCACCUUUUGCAGCAAUAACUUGAAGUAAUCAUUUUCUAUAUGACUUUAUCAGUCUCUCACAUUGUUGUGGAGGAAUUUUGACCCACUAUUCUUUGCAACAUUGCUUCAGUUCAUUGAUGUUUGUGGGCAUUUGUUUAUGCAAAGAUCUCUUAAGGUCCCACAACAGUAUUUCAAUCAGGCUGAGGUCUGGACUUUGACUGGGCCAGUGCAACACCUUAAAUCUUUUCUUUUUCAGCCAUUCUGUUGUAGAUUUGCUGGUGUGCUUGGGAUCAUUGUCCUGUUGCGUGACCCAGUUUUGGCCAAGCUUUAGCUGUCAGACAGAUGGCCUCAAUUUUGACUCAAGAAUAUUUUGGUAUACAGAGGAGUUUAUGGUCAACUCAAUGACUGCAAGGUGCCCUGUGGCUGCAAAACAAGCCCAAAUCAUCACCCCUCCACCACUGUACUUGACAGUUGGUAUGAGGUGUUUGUGCUGAUAUGCUGUGUUUAGUUUUUGCCUAACUUGGCGCUGUGCAUUAUGGCCAAACAUCUAAAUUUUGGUCUCUCCUGUCCAAAGGACAUUGUUCUAGAAGUCUUAUGGUUUGUUCAGAUGCACCUUUGCAAACCUAAGCUGUGCUGCCAUGUUCUUUUUAGAGAGAAGAGGCUUUCUCCUGGCAACCCUUCCAGACAAGCCAUACUUGUUCAGUCUUUUUCUAAGUGUACUCUUAUGAACUUUAACAUUUAAUAUGCUAACUGAGGCAUGUAGAGACUGAGAUGUUGCUCUUGGGUUUUUUGCAGUUUCUCUGAGCAUUGCUGUCUGAUCUUGGGGUGAAUUUGCUGGGACAUCCACUCCUAGGAAGAUUGGCAGCUGUCUUGAAUGUUUUCCAUAAUCUUCCUCACUGUAGAAUGAUUGACUUUAAAUUGUUUGGAAAUGGCUGUAUAACCCUUCACAGAUUGAUGGCUGCAACAGUUGCUUCUCUAAGAUCAUUGCUGAUGUCUUUCCUCCUUGGCAUUGUGUUAACACACACCUGAAUGCACCAGACCAGCGAACUGCCAAAACUUCUGCUUAUAUAUAGAUGAUCACGCUUGAUGAUGAACAGUUAAUAAAGGUUGUUUGAUUAGCAGUGCCUGACUGUUACUUACUCUCUUAAUUCCUAUGGAAGCAGUAAGGGUGUACUUAAUUUGUCACUCACGGCUUUUCCAUUUUGGCCUAGUUUUUGUUAAAUAAACCAUGACACGAUGUAGUGUUGUUGUUCAUCUGAGUUUGUAUUUAUAUAAUUUUUAUACCUGCCAAGGACCAGAUGAUUUUUUUUUUUAUUACAGUAUGUCCUGAUAUGUAAACCCAUAGAGUUCAAAAGGGUGUACUUUCUUUUUCACAUGACAGUAUACAUAGUAUGACUUGCUAAGAAAUUAAGCAAUUACUUCACACAAAAAAUUUGUUAAAUUCUCCAAAAAAUCUAACAUUGGGCAAAUAUUGAAAACCAACCAAUUGUUGGCUGGUGCUGUUACUCACAAAUUGGCGUAAUAUUGUGUGAUUAAUCGGCCUACCCAAUAUUUCGGUCUGUCACUAGUUAGGUCAUUGUCAUUCACUAGGCUGGUUAAUAAGGCAUUGCUUAUGAAAGUCAUAAAUACGACAGCAGCUUUACUGCUACGCUGUAUAAUGGCUGAUUUUAUUUUUGUUUUCAGAAGAUUACUGGUUUUGAUAAUUUACUUGCACUGUCAUUGUAUUUCUAAUUAUUACUGUCACCUUGAAAAUGAAUUUGUUCAACACAUUUGAAUUGAGGUCAUAUGAAAUUUUCGGAAAGACUACUUUAAUAAAUGUUGCAUAACUGGG